AUGAAAGUCUCUGUCAUUUAUGAAACUGCAUUUGUUUCUCUCUCUCUCUCUCUCUCUCUCUCUCUCAGUCUUUCUCCCACCCUCUUUCUCUCCCACAACCACUCUCUUAGUUACCCUCAAACUAGCAAGGUUGUCAGACCUGUAUGAAUGAGUUUCUUUUUCUUAAUAAAGAAACAAAGCUCAGUCCUGCUCACUGUGGAGGGAAAGAGCUCUUCGUACGUGAGUAUCAAGAGUCUUUACUGGAUUAGUGACAAAAGCUAUUCUCAGUUCUCUGACCAGGACACCACACAGCACAGACACCAAAAACCAAAGAAUAACCCGGUAAGUACUUUUGUCUUAUAUCAAGACUUAAAAUGUUUGACUAAAUAAGUACAAAAUUGUUUGAUUAAUUUCAAGAUUUUCCAAUGCAGGUAAGAAAACAAUAGCAAACAGUAACUUAAAAUAGGCUAAUAGUUUCUCCUUAAGGGAAAGGAAAAAAAGAUCUGAAGUCUCCUUACAAGACUAAAAUGGUUACCCUGCUGUAAAAUCAAUGCCAGCUUGAAAAUUGAGGUGGUCAUAAGCUGGUCUAGCGGGGUAUGAGCUGGUCAACCAGCUAGUGCUAGUAGCUUGUCUGUUUGAAAACAUAGCUUGAGCUGGUCAAACCAUGUCAAGCUGAGAGCUGGUCUGAACUGGCCAACCAGCCACCAUCUGUUUCAAAACCUAGCUCGAACAUGUCAAGGUGAAAGCUGGUCUGAACUGGUGAGCCAGCCGCUUCAAAACCUAGUACUGACGUAGCUAACCGCUAACCGCUAACCACCAUCGGUCUGCUUCCUCCCAGCGGGCCUCUGAUGAUGCGUCAGGAAGGAACAUGGCGGCUGGUCCCCAGGCCUCGGGGGCAGCUCCCGGCGUACUGCGCAGGGGCGGUGGCCAUCGUGGUCCUCCUGGGGCUGUGCCUCUGGGGAAACAGAGAGUUCUGCAAGCAGGUCGUUAUCGCUGGGCUGGGCACAGCUCUCGGGGCCCUGCUGCAGGGGGUCUGCCUGCUGGCCGAGGAGUCUCUCCAUCACCUGGAAACCAGGUACCACAGCAGCCUGCCCCGUAUGCUCAGAGCCUGCUUCAGUAAAGGCCUCUUGCUGCUGGGGGUGAUAUCGGCCCUGGUGUUAUGUGCAGGAAGUCUUCAGUUGGAGUUCAAAGAGUGGUAUGCGGUGGCCAUGACUAUUGGUUUCUCUCUGCUGCUCAAGGCCUUUGGUAUCCUGAGUCCCUCUGCGGUGGAAAUUUCGGAGAUUUGCGAGCAGAGGAAGAUGAACGUAGCUCAUGGGCUGGCCUGGUCCUUCUACACGGGCUACCUGAGGCUUGUGCUUCCAAGGCUGGAGGCUUCUAUUGAGGAAUACCACCAGCGCAACGGGAAGUCCGGCAUUCUGCAGCAACGGGAUUCCCGCCGACUGCACAUUCUGAUCCCGCUCAGUGCCUUCAUCCCGGAGAAAUUGGAGGAGAUGGACACACGCGUCCGUUUCUACGCCAACCUGCCAGAGAUCAUCAUUGACAAGGCGGGGGUCAGGAGGCGAGUCUACAAGCACAGUGUGUACAGCGUGCAGGACCACCAGGGGCAGGUACAGCACUGUGUGGUAGAGUGCGCCACCCCUCUGCAGACCCUGUACCACAUGUCCCAGGACAGCAGCGCUGGUCUGAGCUCAGAGGAGCGCUGCCAGCAGGUCCUGCUCUUCCUCCGCACCCUACACGGCAUCCUGGAGGACUCUGUCGAGUGCCGCAACCGAUUCCGCCUCAUUAUCCUGGAAGACGCGUGUGAGCAGGAAGCAGAGCCAGACCCUCACUUCCUGUCCAAGGCCAUCCUGAAGCAGCUACGGCAGGAGGAGAGGGAGGAGUACGGCGUGGCUCCGCCCCUAGAGGGUCCAGGCAGGGGGGAGCCCCUGUCCCGUGAGCCCACCCUCAUGAUCAGCGAGGACCUGCCCAAUCCCCUCCGGAUGCCCGUAGAGACCUACGACUGGAGCCCGACGCAGGACAACUGCAUCCGUCUGCAAUAGCAAAACCACAAACAAGCGAAGCGUAACGAGUGUCAUAGUUCAGGACCGAGGCUACAACGACCCGUUUCACAGACACGGAUUAGGCUUAAUCGAGUUUUGUAUGGAGAUUCUCCAUUCGACAUUGAAAUCGGUCCAGGACUAAGAUUAACCUGCGUCUGUGAAACUGGCUCAUUAUCUUGUCCCUGUUUACUUUUUUUGCUCAAGUUCACCACGAAUGAGGUGAGGCAGUCUUACUCAUUUCAAGCUUUGUCAAUGGGGAAAGACAAUUUUCCAAGUCAAGCAAAAAGUAAACUAAAAACAAGCUAAUAUUUUGUUCUUAAUAUGAGAUUUCAAGUCUUAUUACAAGACUAAGGCACUUAGGAACGAAGGAAAUAAUCUUUUGUAGUAUGUAUGUAGUAUGUAUUAUUUCUGUAAUGUUUACAAACACUAGAUAGGGAAAUAAACACCCAGAAUAUAA